AUGCGCCUGCUCUGGUCUGGAGUUCUGUUGACUCUAUCAGUAUUUUUGCGUGCAGCUACUGGCGACAAUUUGGAUGUUUGCCUGAAGGAUCUGGGCUGCCUGAGGGGCACUCGCAUGCCAGGCUAUCAGGGCGACGAGUUUGAAGCGUUCUUGGGCAUACCAUUUGCUCAGCCCCCGGUGGAUUCCCUCCGACUCAGAAAUCCUGUGCCAGCUGUUGCCUGGGAGGGCAUCCUGGAUGCAGGGAGAGCAAAAGACAGUUGCCUGCAGAGGAACUACUUGGCCGCCAAUUGGCCAGUGUCGGGCGUGGAAGAUUGCCUCUACCUGAAUGUCUACAGACCCAAGAAACGAAAUGGAAAUCCCUUGCCCGUCAUGUUCUACCUGCAUUCGGGGGGCUUCCAUACCGGCUCUGCCCAUCCGGCUGCUAGUGGACCCGAGUAUAUGAUGGACACGGAGCAGGUGAUCAUGGUCACCGUGCCCUAUCGCUUGGGACCAUUCGGAUUUCUAAGCACUGGCGAUUCGAAUAUGCCUGGAAACUUCGCUUUAAAGGAUCAGCGCUUGGCCAUGCAGUGGGUGCAGCAGCACAUAGCGGACUUCGGAGGCGAUCCCCAGCUGGUCACGAUCUUUGGCCACAGUGCGGGAGGAAUGUCUGCCCACUAUCACAUGCUCAGCCCCAGCUCAAAGGGACUCUUUCACCGGGCCAUGUCCUUGGAUGGCACCAUUCUCUCGCCAUUCGUGAAGAUCAACAAGGACCCACUGGCCCAGGCCAGAAAGCUGGCUGCUGUGGCUGGCAUCAUGGAGGCAGAAGACUUGAACUCUAAGGACCUGGCCCAAGCUCUGCGGGAGCUGGAUCCCAUAAGGCUGCUCACAGCCGUGGACUCUCUAAAAGUCUGGCACAACUUUCCUUUCGUCUGCAAUCCGCCAGUCGUCGAACCUGUUGGAUGUCCAGAAGCCUUCCUGACAGAGGAUCCAGUGCAGGCGCACCUCGAGGGGCGCAUUCAUCAGGUUCCAUGGUUGCUGGGCGUUAAUUCAAGGGCCGGAGAGGGUUCCCUGGUCACUUUACUUCCCUUUGAAGAUCGAAAUCUACGUGCAGAGCUCAACGAUCGGUUCCUAGAGCGUUUUUCCCACAUCAUCUACUUGCCUGAGGGCACAUCUCCACACGUUGUCCGCGAAAUCUUAGACGCCUACAUAUUCGAGGGAAAGACGAUUAGCAACGAUACACUUGUGCCGCUGGCCGAGAUUUCUGGUGACUUUGGGUUCUACUAUCCGCUCUACGAGACGGCCUCCAGCUAUGCGAAAUACGCCAAUCUCCAGGAGAAUCCGCUAUCCUUCUACUUUUUCGAAUACCGUGGGCUGCGUACCCUCUCGACUUUGUUUAGCGGUGGGUCCGUGGAGUAUGGGGUGGGUGCUGCCCACAUGGACGAUGCUCUGCACACCAUACGGAUUCCAGCUAUUGUCGAGGACUAUCCCAAGGAUUCGGAGGAUGCUGAGGUCGUUAAACGGAUGACCUCGAUGAUGGUGGAUUUUGCCAAAACCGGGACCUUCCACAGUGGCACAUCCUGCCAAGCAUCGGAUUUCACGGAUCAUAAGAUGUGCAGCUAUGUCCAUUUUGGAGGCACAGUUGGGAGCUAUCAGGAGAUCAUCCAGAAGGACAGGAAAAUGGAAGGCUAUGCAAUAUGGAAAAGAUUGUUUUUCCCAGAUUCCGAUUAGACAACAAAUUUUGUU